AUGACCCAUUUCUUUCUUAUUACACACAUUUUGACUGACUUGCAUAUCAAUUCUUAUAGAGAGAAAAUUCAGAAAGUACAUAUCUUGGAAUCUGAAAAUGCAGAGACUAAGAGGCUACAUGAGGAUGAAGCCAGAACUGCAAAUUGGAAGCGAUGGGGACCAUACUUAUCUGAGCGCCAAUGGGCUACCGUGAGAGAAGAUUACUCUGAUGAUGGCAAUUGCUGGGAAUAUUUUCCACAUGACCAUGCAAGAUCGCGUGCUUACCGGUGGGGGGAAGAUGGCAUAUUAGGGAUAUGUGACAGGCAAUGCAGACUAUGCUUCUCGCUUGGAUUAUGGAACGAAAAAGAUGCUAUUUUGAAAGAGAGGUUAUUUGGUUUAACAGGAUCACAAGGCAACCAUGGUGAAGACGUUAAGGAAUUAUACUAUUACCUAGAUUCGACACCAACCCAUUCCUAUAUGAAAGGUUUAUACAAGUAUCCUCAAUCAGAAUAUCCUUACGCCGAACUGGAAAGAGUUAAUCGGGAAUCGUCAAUUAUGGAACCAGAAUACGAGUUAGAAGAUACUAAAGUUUUUGACGAUUCUGCCUAUUGGGAUGUCUUUGCCGAAUAUGCAAAAGCGUCACCCAACGAUAUCUUAAUUCGUAUAACAGUAGCAAACCGAGCUAAGAAAGCGAAUCGUAUCCAUUUACUACCAACUCUAUGGUAUAGAAAUACAUGGAUAUGGGGUUGCAAACAUGAAGGCUGCUCUGCAAAGCCAAAGAUAAAAAAAAUGGGUUCGAAUCAUGUUACUUGCAAGCAUGAAUCUUUGGAGGAUUUUAUUUUUACAGCCGAUGAAAGCUCUAAUGGGUGCUCCCCUACGAUGCUGUUUACAGAAAACGAAACCAAUACUAGAAGACUUUAUAACGUAGAUAAUUAUACACCUUAUACUAAAGAUGCCUUCCAUCGAUAUAUCAUCAAUAAUGACAAAGAUGCAGUUAGUCCUAAAGAAAGAGGCACAAAAAUUGCUGCAUAUUAUGUAUUAGAUGUUGCCGCAGAAUCGGAAGUUACUGUAUACUGCCGCUUGCAUUCACAAAAAGAGAGCCCUGCAAAGCCAUUUGGGCCUGAAUUUGAGAAGAUAUUUACUCAAAGAAUUCUAGAAGCUGAUAGAUUUUAUAAUGCAAUACAGUUAAAUCUCAAUUAUGAAAACAAACUAAUAUCUCGACAAGCCUUUGCUGGCUUACUCUGGAGUAAGCAAUUUUAUCACAUUGUUAUUGAUGAUUGGCUACAUGGAGAUACCGCCAAUCCUCCCCCUCCUGCAUCGCGAUUACAAGGUCGUAACAAUUCGUGGAAACAUUUAUUUAAUCGUGAUGUAAUAUCUAUGCCAGAUAAAUGGGAAUAUCCAUGGUAUGCUUCUUGGGAUUUAGCUUUUCAUAUGGUACCACUCGCUAGAAUUGACCCAUGUUUUGCUAAAGAUCAACUAUUGCUCUUUUUACGUGAAUGGUAUAUGGCUCCAAAUGGUCAAAUACCUGCAUAUGAAUUUGCAUUCGAUGAUGUCAAUCCUCCAGUUCAUGCCUGGGCAGUAUGGCGGGUAUUUAAGUUAGCUAGUAGCAGAAGUAAUCGAGAUCAUCACUUUUUAGCUCGAUGCUUUCAAAAGUUGGUCAUCAAUUUCACAUGGUGGGUUAAUAGGAAAGAUCCCAAUGGUCAAAACAUAUUUUCUGGAGGAUUUCUAGGUUUAGAUAAUAUAGGAAUUUUUGAUAGAUCAAAACCUCUACCCACCGGAGGAUAUCUGGAACAAGCAGAUGGAACUGCUUGGAUGGCUUUUUAUGCCGUCUGUAUGCUGGAUAUUGCGUUAGAGCUAGCGCAAACUGAUAUCGCUUAUGAAGAUAUGGCUUCGAAAUUUUUUGAACAUUUUGUUGCGAUCGUGGAUGCUAUUAAUACAAUGGGAGGGUCAGGCCUUUGGGACGAAACUGAUGGGUUUUAUUACGAUAGAAUACGUUGUGAAAAUGGUCAAAGUGUCCCCUUAAAGAUUCGUUCGAUGGUAGGAUUAGUACCACUCUUUAGCUGUUUAAUCCUCAACAGUGAGAUGUUAAAUAAACUACCAGGAUUCUCAAAGCGCUUAGACUGGUUCUUAAAAUAUAGGCAAGAUUUAGCGUCUCAGAUUGCUUACAUGAAUAGCGAUUCGCAUGAAGUUUAUCGACUAUUAGCUAUUCCUUCUGAAAAUAAACUGCGUAGGGUAUUGCGCUACGUAUUUGAUGAAAAUGAGUUUUUAUCACCUUAUGGUAUUAGAUCAUUAUCCAAAAUCCACGAAAAACACCCAUUCGUCUUCAAUUACUACGGCAAUAGUAAUUGUGUCAGGUAUGUGCCAGGCGAAUCCAACACUUACCUUUUCGGUGGCAAUAGCAACUGGCGCGGUCCAAUCUGGUUAAACAUGAAUUUCCUGAUAAUGGAAACUCUUGAGCGAUACGAUCAUUACUAUGGUGAUUCAUUCACUAUCGAAUUUCCAACAAAUUCUGGUAACAAGAUGACAUUAAGAGAUGCCAGCUUUCAAAUUGCUAAGCGCUUGUGCAAACUGUUCAUAACUGAUGAAUUUGCCAAACGACCGUGUCAUGGAGACAGUUCACUGUACCAACAUGAUCCAAAUUUCAGGGAUCUUGUGCUCUUUUAUGAAUAUUUUCAUGGAGACACAGGUCGAGGUUGUGGAGCAAGUCAUCAAACAGGUUGGACCGGAGUAAUAGCCACAUGCAUUCUUAAAUAUUGUCAGGAAAGGUCAGGCUAGCCUAUCCAUAAACAUUAUGUGAGACUAUUAUCGCAGAGUACGAUUUUACAUGUAGAAACAUUUUACUAGCCGCAAAUACGGUUAUUUUAUUUGCGUUAAGAUGCGUAAGAGUAGCCUCUAAUGAGAUUCUUAUUUUCUUGCUAUAUUAAACAGCAGUAUCGGUAUAAAAAAGAAAUAAAUAUAACAAUAUGGUGUCAAAUGAAAUAAAGUCGACAAUAGAAAUUUU